CACUUGGCCUUUGGCGGGGUCGUCACAAGGGAUGAUCCCUGAAUCCACGAUUAUUUUUCUUCAGCAACUUUUUUAGAUAUGAAUAUAUUAAUACUCUUAGAAAAAUCUACAUCAAUUGACCUCGCAAAGGUCUAUUCUCACAUCAACGACCAUGAAGCCUAUUACUUGUGUCGCUUGUCAGUCUACUUCCUGCCGCUCCGUUCCUGACGGCCCCUCCUCACCAGUUCGUUGCUUCUUCUUCUCUAACGAAGUUGCCUGUCGCGCGGACAGGGCUGUCGGGGUCAAAAAACAUAUUCACAGCUCGUUUAAUCCUAGCCCUGUGGUUGAAUGGCAUCCUUGGAUGUGGCCUUCACAACCGGCAGGGCGGGUGACCUCCUUGAGUGUUCUUGACCUCCCCAACGAAAUCAUCUUUCAAAUCGCCGAGGACCUUUCUGAAGUCGAUAAAUUUGCGAUUCGCUUCGUUUGUAGCCGACUCUAUUCACUUUUCACUCAAAUUAAACCCCCUUACAUGCUCAGUGAUGACAUGCAGAAGUUACUCUGGGAAACGUCGCUUCGUGACAGCUUUCGACGGGGUUGCGAUUUAGAGGUCAGAAGGUUAUUAGAUAGACACAGGGCAAUGUGCAGCAUCUGUAAGGUAUCCCAUUCAAGAUACGCUUUCACGAAUGUUCAACUCUCUCAGCCACCAGUGUCGCGAUCCUGUCGUUAUACAACUGAGAUUUUACAACUUUGCAGUCAUAAAAGUAUGACAAUACUCGAACUUCUCGAUCAUUUCCGGAUGAAGGCGAAGUCUCUACGGCAAGAGCCGAUUUAUACUAUGCGCAAUGCUUUGUCGUGCUCGAAGAUUUCGCACCAAUCACAUGCGCUAAACAAGGCGCCACAAAUUGGCAUUAAAAACGGAACUGUCUGUAUCUAUUGGGCUUGUGCAUUCCAAUUCGAUCCACGCCUCGCUUCGUUGAAAAGCACUUUGAUGGAUUUUGAAGCUGGAUUCUGUCCUCAUCUGACUCUUGAAGAUAUUUGCCGAAGAAUUCUUCAAAAGCCUAGGCAGAAGAGGUUCAGAACACGAGGAUUAUCUUUUAGGUGCAGAUCUGUUGGUUGCUCCUCUGAAAUUACGCUCGAAGCCACAGGCGGCUCGCACAUGAUUUUAUCUGCCUUUCGAUACUUUGACGCUCGUAGUCCAGAAAGGCCGGGAAACUUAGCCCAGCUCACCAGUGCCAUACCUAAAUGCUAUGAGCUUGACGUAGAGGACUCCGCCGCACUCCAACUGGGAGAGCUGUGAAAUAGUAAUUAGUCUAGUUCAAUUAUAGUAGAUCAUGUAUUUUACUCAUUACUAGUGUAUGGUUAAGACAUGCUCGUUAUAGUUUAUCACCCUUCGCGGCCCGGAGAUGGAGCCUAGGAACCGCGUCCUCCGGCGUUUUCCUAACCACCACGAGUAUUUCAUUAGAGCGCAAUUCUGCGACGAAGAUGGACAGGAUGUCUACUUCAACUCCCGUGUGGAUAAUGAAAAGAUCAUUCAUCGGUUCAAGUCGAUUUUCAACCAGGGUAUUGAGAUCGCCGGGCGGACCUACGGUUUCCUUGGCUUCUCGCAUUCGUCACUGC